GGGUUAUCGUUCAACUUUCGAGCCAAAGAAAAUGGUCCGAUGGCUACCAUUAGAAUCAAAUCCAGAUGUAAGACUAAGUCUUAUGUGUUCUCUAUGUGAUUUUUUUCCUAAAUGAUGUGAAUAGAUCCUCUUAAUUAACUUGACUUUACGUUAUUCAUUCAUUUUGCAAAUUGCUGAUUUCCUGUCAUUCAAAUUACUUCAAAGGUUAUGAACAAGGUUAGUGUACGUUAAAUUGGUUCCUUACGUGAUAUAGCUUAAGUGAUAUGGAAACUUAACUGGAUAAAUUUUUUAGUGUGAGAAAACCUUGCGUUGGUCAAUCAUGAGAAAAUUCCACUGUUGUUGUCUAAAUAUUCAUACUAACCAGAGUUGUAACUAUCUAUAUGUGCAAAUAUGUUAGAUAGUCAAGUCAAGCUACUUCAAAUAACUUAUAAAUGACAUAUUUUUAAAAUACAUUGAUGAUCCCUGGUUAAAAAAGAUUUGUUUCUCAGCCCAGCCCUGUCAAAAAUUUCAGUUUCAAACGAAAAUAUUUUCAGUUUCAAAGAAAAGUUACAAACUAAAGCCAUUGCCAUAAAUGGGCAAGAUUUCCAUAUAACCCCAUACUUCGUUAAGCAUACAGUUCAUGGAUAAAGAAAACAAUUAUAGCAAAAACAUUAAAUGGCUUUUUUUAGAAUAGUUUUGGGUCAUACAGAAAUCUUUCCUGGCUUAUCCCCACAGUUAGAACCUGUAAUUGCAAAUAAGAAUGAUAUAGGUGCUUAAUUAACUGGCAACUAUAAAUACCAUACAGUAGAAUAGUACUCAUCAUGUGUGCUGAUUGACUGGUGCAGAAGUGAUUACCAAGUACUAUUCACCUCCCAGCAGCCAAAGAGACAAAAUUGCAUGUUGGCAGUUUGAUUUCCUAUCAUUUUUUGGUACAUUGACAGAAAUAAGUUAGUUUUUUCGGUUUCUGUGAAGUACAGUUAUUCACCUCUACUUUGGUGAAUAAUUGUUAACCCUUUUACUCCAAUAAGUGACCAAGAGAGAAUUUCUCCUUACAGUAUUAAUACAAUUUCAACCAGAUAAGUGAUGAGAAUAAAGAAAAAUAUCAAUUUGGGGAUAAUUAGUUGAUCCAAUACUAAAUUCUCUGAACUAACAUUAUGAGAAUUGUAUGGUUGACAGUAAGGAGAACGACAAAUUUGAUCUGGGAGUUAAAGGGUUAAUUAUCAUCUAACAAUUGUUGUUUAUGAACAGUUUGUCGUAAAUCUUGGUUUAAAGCCAACAUGGAGCUUUGUUGAUGUUUUUGGACUUGAUCCUGAGUUAUUGGCCAUGUUACCUCAGCCAACAUGUGCAUUGCUUCUUCUUUUUCCAACAAGUGAUAAGGUAACAUUUAGCUCUUUAAUACCAAAGAGAGACCAGCAUCUAAUUUCUCCCUACCUUAAUGCCGCAGAAUCAUUCAUUUACUCAUAACAGUGUCUAGUAUCUAAUUUCUCCUUACAAUAUAACCCCUGAAUCAAACAUUAAGGUCAUGAGAAUAAAUGAAAUGAUCACCAACGAAAGAAGCUCUACAUUGCUAACCAAAUUCUCCUUGUCAGCACCUUAGGAAAUGUAUAGAGAACAGUAUGGAGAAUAUGCAUGCUGACGUUAUGGUAUAAAGGGUUAAGAACAUGAGAAUGAAGGAAAAGCAAGCCUUGAUUGUUAAAUGAAUUCUCCUUAUCAGAACCAAAGGAAACGUAAAGAGAAAAGGGAUCUAUAUCAGUAUCUGGGAAACUGCCCACCUACCCCUCCCCUAACUAAACAACAGUCAAUUGACAACAACUUAGGGUUAAUGUUGGGUUAGGGGAGGGGUAGGUAGGCAGCUACCCAGAUACUAAUAUUGAUCGGAGAAAAGUACGGAGAAUAUGGAUACUGAUGUUAGGAUGUUAAGGGUUGAUAUGUCUAUAUACCCAUCCAUUUAUUACCUCUAUCUCUCUUUCAUCUUCAACUAAUAAGUGUCCUCCAUGAUUAUGUGGGAUUUGAACCUCUAUCUUGAGAUAACUAACAUUAUUAUACAUUAGACUUUUAUUGAAAAAUCUGUUUGGUCGAGAGCAUGCAAUCAAUUAUACAGAAGAGUGUGACUUUGACAUGAUAACACAAUAUCUGCAGCAGAUAUUGCAUUUAUCAUGUCAAAUUUUAAGUCUGCCUAGUUUCCAAACCCCUUGUCCAUGUAGUGUUCUCAAACUUUUGCAAACUCACAGAGGUGUCUUCUUCCUAAAAAAAUUAUUGAACUUGCCUCAGUCCUAAGCUUCAGCAGAUAACUCAGACCUUGGUUUUGAUAAUUCAUGAUAUCAUGCACAACCUUAUCCAAUACUUGCUUUUUAAUAUCAAAAAGGGAAAAAUUGGAACCAGGAAAUAUAUGGUGAAAGCUUUUUUCAAUUGUCUUUUUUUUUUAAGUAUCAUGAAUAUAAGACAGAGCAAGAGGAGAAAGUCAAGGAACAUGGCCAGGUAGAGCUAUUUAUAUUUUUAUCAUGAUUUACAAGGCUGAGGAAGAAUACCCUUGCACUCAUUCCUCCAAUAUGCUUCCUUGGAGGUUAAUUUUUUUGCUAACCUUUCUUAAAGGGAGCUGUAUGGGUAGGUAAAACAAUGCAAUAUUGAAAACCAAAAAUUUAAACUAAGUUGCCCUGUUCACAUGUCUCAGUCCACUGUUUGCUCACCUUUAAAGUCUUUUCUUUUUGUACCAUUUCAUUGCUGGAUACAAAGGGUCUUAAAGAUAACUGUUGUGGAUUGCUGGUCAAUUAUGAAUUGCAUAUACCCCAGUACUUCAAAUUUGUGAAAAUUGGCAUUAUUUUUUGCUUGAACUGCACAGAAGAUAUAUGUCUUCAGACAGUCAUGGUUCAAAAUGAGAGCAUGACAGUUUUACAAGUUCAAGGCUUUUCAAAGUUGCCAUUCCAUAGUCAAAAAUCAGAAAAUGGUCGAGAGAAAAAAUAAAACCCCACACUUGCACAAACCAGGAGAGACAGGCACCAGUACAGCUCUAAUGCAAUUUGGAAUGGUAAUCUCACUUUAACUUUUGGUAUGCAAAAUUAAAAAUUUAUGAAUAAAAAUAGUUCAAUUGAUACUGAACUAGCAAACACAGUUAGAAAAUUUGGCAACGUCUGCUUAACCCUUUAACUCCCAGAAGUGAUCGACAUGUAAAUUCUCCCUGUGCUACCUAUACAUUGUCCUGCACAUGGUAAUGAGAAUACUAAAAUUUAUCAAGUUAAAAUUGUUAUCUUAAUCUGAUUCUAAAUUCUUGUAACUAAUUUAAAAGGAAUAUGAAGCAGAUCAUGGGAGUUAAAUGGUUAAGUGGUAACCAAAAUGGUGGCAGCACUGAGGGUUGCAGGAUUAAAGUUAGUUUAUCACAUUAGGGAACCCAUUUAGGUAGUAUACAGGAACUUAUUUGUGGAAUGUGUGCAUUACAGACUGGAAUAAUUUUCUUGAGAAAAAAACUGGUUCAUUUUACUGCAGGAGGUGAGCCCUAAUUUGUUCUUCAUGAAGCAGACAAUUGGCAAUGCGUGUGGAACAGUGGCUAUAAUACAUUCCAUUGCCAACAACACAGAUGUACUACAGCUGGGUGAGUUACAUAUUGGAGCUGUAAAUAAUUGUGAAAAUUAAUGAUCUAUCAUUGGAGUUUAUUAAAACCUUUCAGCCUGGAUAAGAGUGACUGGUCUCUAAUUUCUCCUCACAGUAUCUUCCUUGAAUUAAAAUGUAAAGGUCCUGAGAAUAUAUGAAAUAAUGACUGAUCUAAGAAGCUCCUGAUUGUCAAACAAAUUCUUGUUGUCUGUACCUUAGGAAAUGUAAAGAGAAAAGUGUGGAGUAUUUGAAUACUGAUGUUAAGGGGAAAAAAGAUUCCUGCUAUUAAGUCCACAUCUAAUAAAGAAAUAAACCUAGUAUAAGGAAGAUGCACAUAUCACAAUAAAAUAAUGUAAAUUGAGAGGCAGACUGCUAUCGUGGAUCCUUAAGGUUUUCAAAGCAGUAUGUUAUUACUGUGUUAUUUCCAUUUUUCUUGACAGACGAGGGCUUUCUCAAGAAAUUUAUAGACUCUACCAAAUCACUGUCUCCAGAUGAAAAAGGAGAACGGCUCGAAAGUGAUGAGGUAUGAGAUUUUCUUUCCUUGGUAAAGGGAAACCAUUUUGGUCACAGGUGCGGAAAACAAAUGUUCUGCCACACAUUGCUUCCAUUCAAGCAAAUUUUUAUUGUGAUGUUACUUUCUUUCCAGUUUUAGAGACCAAUUAUUUUUUAUUUUAUCACAGAACAUCUGUGAAGCGCAUGCAGCUUGUGCUCAGGAAGGACAAACAGAGGUUAGAGAUAUGACAAUUGAAGGUUCUUGUGCAUGAAUUUUGAAAAACUGAUUGAAAUAUGAACUGCAACAAAUAUUUGCAUUGGUGAUUGCAUUAUGACAAGAAUCAAUUGCAAUAUAGUUUGAUUUUGACAUUCUGUUUGCAGACCCCAUCUGUUGAUGAUCGUGUUGAUCUUCAUUUUGUUGCCAUUGUUCACAGAGAUGGUUGUUUAUAUGAGCUAGGUGAGUGACCAACUAAGUGAGUUUUCAUUGUACUUGAUAAUGCCAGCUUUAUUGAACUGGCCUUCUAAUAUUUGGGAUAGGUUUGGCAGAAACAUUUUUCCUAUAACCCCUUACUAUUCUAAAACAAAGCCAUAAUCCCAAAGGCACACAACUGUUUUUGCCAUUGUUUUCUCUCUCCAAAAAUGUAUGCAAAAUGAAGUAUGGGACUGAGCUGUAAUCUUGCCCAGGUAUAUGCUGGUGUGAAGUAGGAAGGUUCAAAUAUCAGAUUUUACCAUACAUAUCCUGGAAUUGGCAGCAAAAUAACCAGUGUAUAGCUUGCUUUUUGUAGGAAAGAAGCAGAGGCAUGAAUUCAAAAUGAAUUCUGCCUCUGGCUUUGAUGGCUCCGUUGCAACAGUUGUCAAUAAGUGUCUCGGCCUAACAUGAUGAGUUGUCAUUGAGUGCCUACGAUAUUAUUACAACUUUGAUAAAAUAGUCUUGGUCUGGGAAUAAGAAUCAUUUACAUGUUGCCUUUAGAUGGAAGGAAAUUGUUCCCUAUAAAUCAUGGAAAGUCAUCGGAAGAAACAUUUUUACAGGUGAGGUGAUUACAUUUGUUUAGCGAACCUGUGAUGAGAACAAAAAAGCGCUUAUCAGUCAAAGAGUGUUUUCUUGAUAAUACACCAUUUUGUGUUCACUCUUUUACAAAAGAAGUUAUUGGAAGUGAAAUCAUAGCAUUUUUAUUCAGAUUGUGAUAGGAAAAGAAUGCAUGUAUCCAUGGUUGAAUGACCAAUGAACAAAGAGGGUAAGUUUCUAAAGAAACUGCCGUCUUGCGUCUGUGGAAAAGUAUAACAAGGUUAUUAGGUAUUAUCAACUGAGUUGAUAACGUGAAUUGGCCACCAUUUAGAGUUUCAAAGCUAAUGUUUUGAGCAUUAGUUUUUCGUUAUUCACUUUGACCUAGGGCUAAUGCUUGAAACAUUAGCUUUGAAACUCCUAACAGUGGCCAAUUUACAUUAUCAACUCAGUUGAUAAUAGCAAAUUACCUUCAUUACCUUUUUAUACUGUCCCAUUGAUGCAGCACUACAGUUUCUUUAGAAACUUACCCCCUUUAUCUCACCAUGUAAGGUACUAUGUAGUUGGACAACAGCUUGCCAUGAGAGACUUGUUGUUCUUUGGUUUUACUUCUUUGUAAACUGCUUUGAACUUUGCCAUUAUUUGGGGUUGUUAUGAUGAGUUGUGAAGUCUCACGUUUCUAUCAAACUUCUCUGGAAGUCUGGAAUUUCUUUCUUGAAGUGGCUCUUUGAUCUGGUCAAAAUUUAGCAAGAGUAGUGAAGAAUUAUCAUCAUGAGCCUCCAAAAUCAGGUUAUGAGCACUGUUGCUUGAAAAAAAUUAUGUAAUUAGAAACAACUGAUAUAUCCUCAAAACAAAUGCGAAAGGGUAACCAGUCAACUCGCCGACGGACCAACUCGUCGACGCCAACUCGCCGACGUAUAAAAUCGAGUAGAGACGUCGGCGAGUUGGUCGUCAAUCCAAUACAACUUAUUAGAAGUUAAACAUACAGAAAAGUAAACGAUAUUUAGUAAAAAAACACUGGUGAACAUUGGUGAACAUCUAACAGAAGCUUAAACAUUGGUGAACAUCAUCAAUGACCAUAACAGCUUAAGACGCGAACGAGUUAUCGUGCGACAACAACACUGUAAAGACUCAUCAUGUCAAUCGCUCAGAUUUUUUAACGAAAACUUGGCUUUCUAGACAAGAUCUUUAGUAAAAAGCAAUUCUUUUUAUUUGUAACAAAGUUUAUAAGGAUCUCAAGGCGAAUAAAGUACAGUAAACGUCGCCAAUAACUACAUCCGCUUCAGACGCGAACGAGUUAUUGUGUGACAACAACACCGUAAAGACUCAUCAUGUUAGUCGCUCAGAUUUUUUAACGAAAACUUGGCUUUCUAGACAAGAUCUUUAGUAAAAAGCAAUUCUUUUUAUUUGCAACAAAGUUUAUAAGGAUCUCAAGGCGAAUAAAGCGACGUUAACAUCGCCAAUGAACAAAAUUGGCUGUAGACGCCAAUGAGUUGUGUGAGUCAUUGGUGAUGUUUACUUCGCUUUAUUCGCCUUGAGAUCCUUAUAAACUUUGUUGCAAAUAAAAAGAAAUGAUUUUUACUAAAGAUCUCGUCUAGAAAGCCAAGUUUUCGUUAAAAAAUCUGAGCGAUUGACAUGAUGAGUCUUUACGGUGUUGUUGUCGCACAAUAACUCGUUCGCGUCUUAAGCUGUUAUAGUCAUUGGUGAUGUUCACCAAUGUUCACCAAUGUUUAAGCUUCUGUUAGAUGUUCACCAAUGUUCACCAGUGUUUUUUUACUAAAUAUCGUUUACUUUUCUGUAUGUUUAACUUCUAAUAAGUUGUAUUGGAUUGACGACCAACUCGCCGACGUCUCUACUCGAUUUUAUACGUCGGCGAGUUGGUCCGUCGGCGAGUUGACCGUAAUUCAUGCGAAAGAGAGUACCUUUUCUAAGGCUCUAGCACAACAUUUUCCUGUCUUGCAGCAAUCUGACCAAAGGGACGGUAAUAGUUAGGAGUUGUAUAGCUAAAAUUGUACAUUGUUGCUCUUGCAUUUACUAAUAUGUAAAUUUUAAGAUUCCCCAUCUCUGUAAUAUGAAUGCAUUAGAAUUUCCCUUACCUUUGUAAAAGCUAAUUUUCCCCUUGUUUUGUAGGAUGCAGCUGAAGUAUGUAAAGAAUACAUGAAAAGAGAUCCUACACAACUCCAUUUUACAGUUGUUGCAUUGUCCAAAACUGAAUGAGUUCUGCUGAGACUCAGAUAAAUCGACAAUACUCUCAACCCUUUAACUCCUAUGAGUGACCAAGACAAGUUUCUCCCCACAGUAUCAAUACAAUAUCAACCAGAUAAGUAAUGAGAAUAAAGAAAAAUAUCAAAUUGGGCAUAAUGUGUUGAUUCAGUUCUAAAUUCUCUGAACUAACUUAAGAAUUGUAUGGUUGACAGUAAGGAGAAUCACAAAUUUGAUCUGGGAGUUAAAGGAUUAAUAAGAGAAGAAAAUUAGAUCAUGAAGAAAUUGUUUGCUAGGUUUUUUUUCUCUCUUAAAGUGAAAGUCACGGUACAAAAGCUACAUUUUUUUUUGUGUAAAUUAAGUUUGUUAUUAAUUCAAACAGCAAAGAUAAAAUUGUGUUGAAAAGAACUUUUUCCUGUUGGACAUGGCUGUGUUGUCUGUUUGAGUGAACAGUGUGGAAUGGCCAUUUUUGAUGUAACUCAUUUAUUCUCAUGGUAAUUUUGGUUUUAUCUAGUUGGUUGAUAAUUUAAAUUGGCCACCUUAAAGAGUCUCAAAGCUCUGACGAAGGGCUAAUGCUCAAAACGUCAGGGGGUUGUACAGCUUCUUGCUAGGUUUCCGUACCCAGAUAUGGCUCUUUGAUGGGAACUUCCAUUGGAGCGUGAAGGCCAAACUUUCAACUUAAGACCUCCAACACUACUGUGAGUAAACUUGGCUUUGAAACUGUUUACGGUGGCUAAUUUACAUUAUCAACCAAGUUCAUAAAACCAAAAUUAUCUUGCUAUACUCCUCCACUGAUGCAGCACCACAGAUUCUAUAGAAACUCACCCCCUUUGUUCUCAUGGUAAAUCAAAUAAAACCAAACUAUUCUCAGAACAAUUUUGUAAAAAUGGGAAUACCAAGUUUUUGUCCUUUCAAGGUCCCAGUUUUUGUUACAACUACUAUUUUGCAAAUCUACUUUCCUUCGUUAAAUAUGGGGUUUUGCCACUCUUGUGUGUUUGGACACAUUCGAAAACCUAGGCUUUCACAGAAAGAGUCAAUUCUGAGUAAGAGGAACACUCUUGUCCCGUUUCACUUUCACAGGACAAAAAUUGUACUCAUUGUCGGUCAGCUUUUAUUAAUAAAAGAUCGAUGCAACUGAAAGUAUAUUGGGGGAUAGAUAUCUCGACCUACGGAAAUUACUGAUUGCUUGGACUAGAG